AUGAACGCCGAAAUGUUCACUGACGUCUACGGUCAUGCACCUACAGUACGCGUAUUCUGUCCUGGGCACCUAAAUCUUAUUGGUGAACAUAUAGCCGAACAUGGAUUUGGAACUAUUGCAACGGCUACCGACACGGGUACAGAGAUCCUAGCGGCUCUCAAUGAUAGAGCCGAAAUUCGUUUUGUAAAUACGGACGAGGACUACAGAUCAUGCAGUAUCAGCCUACCGACUGAUUGGAACGGAACAACAUGCCCUGAAUGGUUCGAUUAUUUGCUUGCAGGAUGGAAAGGCAUAUUGGAACGAUUGAAGGUUGAUGCGAUCGGCUUCGAUAUACUGAUGGAAGGAUGCAUCCCUUCGUCUGUGGGACUUUCUAGCAGCUCUUCCAUUGUCUGUGCUGCUGCUCUUACCACCUUAGCUUUACACACUGGAAAGAGUUUCGAAGGGAUCUCACGAGAGGAGCUCGCCACCUUGUGUGCCAAUGCUGAGCAAUAUGUCGGUCAACGGGGCGACAGGACGGUUCAUCUGACGCAGGUACUUGGCAGUGAGGAUAUGGCUGUACGAUUUGAUUUCUUCCCACUUCGAACACGACUAGUGAACAUACCGCCGAUAGCCGUAUUCGAUGUGCUGAACUGUGGCGAAAAACCUCGGAUGACGCCGUCUUUACGAGAACAACGAUUUGUAGAAGGACUGAUAGCUGGAAAGUUGUUACUCAAGAACGCCGGUAAAACCUGCAUAUAUUCGAGGUUGAAAGACGUCAAGGAAGCGCUUGGGAAGCGGUUGGACGACAUGUUAGCGUUGUGCGAAAACCUUCCUGAAAUGGCUACUAAGGAGGAGUUAACACAGUUGCUGGGCCCAGAAGAUUUCGAAGAGUGUUUUGCUGAAGGGACAAGUUACUCAUCACCAUUCAAGUUGCGAUCCGUUGCUCGGCAUGUAUUCAGUGAAGCUUUGCGAGUUGAAAAAUUUGAAAGAGCUUGUGAAACACGAGAUCUGUUUGGAAUGGGAAGGUAUUUCAACGAAUGCCACGAAAGUUGCAGCAAGGAUUUCGAAUGUAGCAGUGCAGCAGCGGACAAGUUGGUUGCCAAAUGUCGUAUGGCUCGAGCUUAUGGCGCCCACGUUUGCGGAUUGAGCGGCACGGUUGUGGCGUUGAUCGACGAUAUCCGACCGGUAUUCCUCGGUGAUAAUCUCGUCUACCAUGCCUUUUCAUCACCUGGUGCAAGCGUGGAAUUCCUGUGA